AUGUCGACCCUCGUUCGUGAAAAGGAAGUCUCAUCGUCCGCGUCGAGCGCGCACUUUGAUAGCCAGGGCGUCGUCGAGGCGGCCAAAGGCGUCAACUCCAACAAUGCGACGCUCAACUACAACGAACCUCCCCCGUUCAGGAUCGCUUCCUUGUGGGAGAAGCCUGUCGUGAGUAUUUGCCUGACCUCUCCGACUCCCUGCGGCACGGCCACGUCGUCGCGUCGCCGCCUUAGUCGAUGUAGUGAUCCGUCGGCUGUCAUUUCCGAGCUGCGGCCACGCACGGGCCUCGAGUUCGGACUUGGGGGUGGAAAUAGCUUCCUACGGUCCUACGGUGUUCAGGGCCCAGCCUCCGAUUAACGCACGCUGAUUUUUUCUAUCACCACCUCUUCAGGUCAAUCCUCUGAACGGAAAAUCUCAAACCCUUCCUAUGUUCAGUAGGUCGUCUUUUACUGACACGUUAGCCGCAUGGACCGAGCACUGAUUGGAAAAUGGAAUCGGCCGUGCAGACCUCGCGAACCCCUACACGCGCAACUUCCAUCUCUCUUGGCUGGGCUUCUUCGUCGCCUUCUUGUCCUGGUUCGCUUUCCCGCCUCUGAUCCCCGAAGUAAGCAUUCAGAAGGUGGUGUUGGUUGAAGUCUAAUUGGUGCGCCUCCAUUGCUGACUGCUUGCACCCCCUAUUCGAUCACCCAGGCCAUCAAAACCGAUCUCAAGCUCACGACCGCCCAGAUCGGCAACUCCAACAUCACCGCUCUCGCGUCCACGCUCGGUGAGUUGGCGAAGUCAUGAUACCACUGAGGAUUACCAAGCUAAUGACGUUGCUUUUUUUUUGUCUCGCUCAGGUGUUCGAUUGAUCAUGGGACCUUUCGUCGAUCGAUUUGGACCCCGAAAAGUCAUGGCCGCUCUCCUCCUUCUCGGUGCGAUCCCCUCGGGUCUUGCCGGUACCAUCACCAACUACAAGGGUCUUUACAUCAUCCGCUUCUUCAUCGGUAUUCUUGGUGCCACUUUCGUGCCGUGCCAAGCCUGGACUACGGCAAUGUUUGACAAGAACAUCGUUGGCACUGCGAACGCCUUCACCGGUGGUUGGGGUCAGUUCAGAACGCCCUCGAACGCGAAAAUAAUUGAGCAUACCGUUUACUGAUGCGUUUCCUCGCUACAACAGGUAAUCUCGGUGGUGGUGUCACCUUUGUGGUCCAAGUGGCUCUCUUCCAGGCCCUCCUGAACGACGGUCUCUCGUCGCACUCGGCGUGGCGCGCAGCCUUCGCGAUCGUCCCCUGCCCGAUCCUCAUCUUCGUUGCCAUCCUCUGCCUCGUGUUUGGUACCGAUUGCCCGGCCGGCAAGUGGUCCGAGCGCCAUACCAUGCCCGCAAGCUCCAUCGCCAUGUCCCGCGGCCACCUCACCACACUCGAUGCGAGUCAACGACGCAUCGCCGAACAAAAGAUGACCGACAAGGAGGCGGGAAAGGUGACCGUCCAGGAAGCCGUCGAUGACGAUGUCGCCGAGCAACUGCAUGAUAUUGACGUUGCCGUCGCGGAAAAGCCUUCCAUCGCCGGUACGCUCAAGAUCGCGACGACGCCUUACACUUGGCUGCCUUCCAUCAUGUACAUGACGACGUUCGGGUUCGAACUCGCCGUCGAUGCCAACCUGGCCAGCGUCCUGUUUGCCGUUCACAAGUCUCCUAGCUUUGGUCAGCUCAAGGCCGGGUACUACGCUUCGAUCUUCGGCUUCCUCAACGUCUGGACUCGACCUCUCGGUGGUAUCCUCGGUGACAUGAUCGGCAAACGAUGGGGCCCCAAGGGCAAGAAGUACGCGACCUUGACGUGCGGUUUCCUUCAAGGUGUUCUCUCCCUUGCCUACGGUCUUCACACUCUGCACGCCUUCACCCACGGCAACAAGAAGGGCCCUUCUUUGGGCUUCCAGAUCGGUUUGAUCGUCGUGAUGGCUAUCUUCAAUGAGAUGGCCAACGGCCUCAACUUCAGUUUGGUACCUCACUGCGUCCCCUAUUCGAACGGCAUCAUCACUGGUAUCGUCGGAGCGGCCGGCAACUUGGGCGGCAUCAUCUACGCAUUGAUGUUCCGCUUCCACCCCCAACAAGGCUACGCCGCGGCGUGGUGGAUCUCGGGUAUCUUUGCGAUGGUCGUCAACCUCAUGGUGAUUGCGAUCCCGCCUCCGAAGCACUAG